GUUUUCUCCACAUAGAACAAUCCGUUGAUCGUCGCCAUGAAGACCGUCCUGGUGCUCGCCGUCCUCAUCUGUGCUGCGUUCGCAGCUCCAGCAGAAGACAAAGAAAAGGUUGAAGAAGCAGCAGUGGAGGCUCCGGAGGAACACAUGGACGCUCCAUCUGCUCGUUAUAACUUUUGUCCAAACGGUUGGUUCAGCCACGGCUCUCGCUGCUUCAAGUUCGUCAAUACUCCAAUGACCUGGUACAACGCUGAGGAGCACUGCAACGCCAUGGGUGGCCACCUCGCCUCGGCCACCAACCCCAGAGAGUACAGCUUCCUCCAGCAGAUCACACAGACAGCCGGGCAGAGCAUCGGAUGGCUGGGAGGCUUCCACCUGCAGGGCCGCUGGAUGUGGAUUGACCGUGAAGGUUUCUAUUACACCAACUUUUACUCCCCCUCCUCUGCCAGCAGCUACCCAUGCCUCUACCUGCGCACCGCCAAUGGAUGGGGUAACACAGGGUGCAGCUCUUCUUAUCGCUUCAUCUGCUCCAUGAACCCGUUCGGCUGUUAACGAACCGAUUCAACAUUUGGACUGGAUCAGCUGACGAGCUGCCUGUUUUUGUAUGAAUUACAGUUUUUCAUUGUGUAUUCUUAAAAGAUUCAAUGUUAACCAACAUUUAUAUGAAUGCAUUGUUGUUUCUGACCCAUUAAAAACAAAAUAAAG